UUCUCCCCCAAAAACCCUACCGCCGCCGCCGCCAUGACGUCGUCGCCGGCGAGGCGCCGGCCGCCGGGAUUGCUGGCGCUGGGGCUGGAGUCGUCGGCGAACAAGAUAGGCAUCGGCGUCGUCUCCCUCUCCGGGGAGAUCCUCUCCAACCCGCGCCACACCUACGUCACCCCGCCGGGCCACGGCUUCCUGCCCCGGGAGACGGCGCACCACCACCUCGCCCACCUCCUCCCGCUCCUCCGCGCCGCUCUCGGCGAGGCUGGCGUCUCCCCCGCCGACCUCGCCUGCGUCUGCUACACCAAGGGGCCCGGGAUGGGCGCGCCGCUACAGGUCGCCGCCGCAGCCGCCCGCGCUCUCUCGCUCCUCUGGGGGAAGGCGCUCGUCGCCGUCAACCACUGCGUCGCGCACAUCGAGAUGGGCCGCGCGGUCACCGGCGCCGUCGACCCCGUCGUGCUCUACGUCUCCGGUGGGAACACGCAGGUCAUCGCGUACAGCGAGGGGAGGUACAGGAUCUUCGGCGAGACCAUCGACAUCGCAGUGGGGAACUGCCUGGACCGCUUCGCAAGGGUCCUCGAGCUAUCCAACGACCCUAGCCCUGGGUAUAACAUCGAGCAGCUUGCAAAGAAGGGAGAGAAGUUCAUUGAUCUCCCUUAUGUCGUAAAGGGUAUGGAUGUGUCAUUUAGUGGCAUACUGAGCUUCAUUGAAGCUACAGCAGUUGAGAAGCUUAAAAAUAAUGAGUGCACCCCUGCAGACCUAUGUUACUCAUUGCAGGAAACUCUCUUUGCUAUGCUUGUUGAAAUCACUGAACGUGCCAUGGCACAUUGUGAUUCGAAGGAUGUUCUUAUUGUUGGUGGUGUUGGGUGCAAUGAACGGCUGCAAGAGAUGAUGAGGAUAAUGUGUGCAGAAAGAGGGGGUAGGCUGUUUGCAACUGAUGAUAGAUACUGUAUUGACAACGGAGCAAUGAUUGCAUACACUGGUUUGCUGGCAUAUGCACAUGGUAUGACCACUCCUCUGGAGGAGUCCACGUUUACUCAAAGAUUCCGAACAGAUGAAGUUCAUGCAGUUUGGAGGGAGAAGGAGAUGCCAAAUUUAAAUGACAUCCAUGCGCAUGCAAUGGCUGAAGUAUCCAAGGAUGAAGCUUCCAUUGCAACUCCAAUUGCUGUAGAUUCAUGAGACCAUUCUUGAUAUCCUUCCUAUCCAAGGCAGUAAAUACUUUUGGAAGAAAAGCAUACAUGUACUCCCCUUGAUGAUAUGAAGAGUCCUUCGUGGCACACGGCAGGCCACCUGUACUGUUCUGCAGCAUUGUGGCUUUUCUAUACCAGUUGCAGAGCGUUUCAGCUGAAAGAAAUUGAUUGAUCACUGGCAGCCCUGUAAUACGGAUGCAAUGCAUGUUGUUGUACUUCACGUCAUAUGAACAACGAUUAAAGCACAGGCUAUUUGGUCAGUCGGCCCCUCCCUCCCUA